GGCCGCCGACGCCAUUGCUGGAAGAGUUCCCGCACUGCUCUGCGAGCUCCCUGUCCUCAGGCGGCCGCCAGAUAUGUCUUUGCAGGACUCCUGUCUUUCCAGAGAGGGGAGCCCAGAGGAAGAGAUUAUGGCUGCUGUGGUUUUUUCAGUUGGACCUCUGAGUCCUGAAGUUCCCCAGCCAAAUGAAGAUCUUCACCUUCAGGCAGAAGAACAAGAAUUGGUAAAGGAAUCAGUGACAUUUAAAGAUGUGGCUAUAGACUUCACAUUGGAAGAGUGGAGGUUGAUGGACCCUACACAGAGGAAACUGCACAAGGAUGUGAUGCUAGAGAAUUAUAGGAAUCUUGUCUCCUUGGGGCUUGCAGUUUCCAAACCAGACAUGAUAUCUCAUUUGGAGGAUGGAAAAGGACCAUGGGUGGUAGUGAGAGAAACUUCAAAAAACCCCUAUUCAGAGUUGGAGACCAAACCUACAACUAAGAAUGCUAUACCAACAGAGAAUAUUUCUGAAGAAUGUUUAUCACAGGAGACCAUAGUAGAGAAACUCAUAGAGAAUGGUCUAUGGGACACCAAAAUGGGAGGAUUAUGGAAAUGGAGUGACAGGAUAUUGAGAUUGCAAGAUAGUCAAGAAAGUCAUUUGAGUCAAAGAAUAGUUAAACACAAGAAAAUUCCCACUCUUCAAAAAGGCUUUAGAUUUGGAUCUGUUCUUUUUCCAGAACCAGGAGUUAUCACAGAAGAGCCCCACAGCAAAUACCAAACACAUGAGGAAAAUUUUACAGAGAAUUUAGAUUUGAUUACAGACACCCAUCUGGGGAAGAAAAUGUGCAAGGAUACAGAAGGCAACAAAGUCAUAAGCCCUGCUUCAGAACUCACUUUAGAGAAAAAAAACAAUAAUAAAGAAAAACCCUAUAAAUGUAGUACAUGUGAAAAGGCCUUCCGUUAUAGGUCAUUACUCAUUCAACAUCAGAGAACUCACACUAAAGAAAAACCUUAUGAAUGUAAUGAAUGUGGGAAAAUGUUCAGCCAGCCUUCAUAUCUUAGUCAACAUAAAAAAAUUCACACUGGAGAAAAGCCCUAUAAAUGUAAUGAAUGUGGAAAGGCCUUCAUUGCUUCUUCAUCCCUUAUGGUGCAUCAGAGAAUUCAUACUAAGGAGAAACCUUAUCAGUGCAAUGUCUGUGGAAAAUCUUUCAGCCAGUGUGCCCGCCUUAAUCAACACCAGAGAAUUCAAACUGGAGAGAAGCCCUAUAAAUGUAGUGAAUGUGGGAAAGCUUUUGGUGAUAAAUCAAAACUUGCAAGACAUCAGGAAACUCACAAUGGAGAAAAACCCUACAAAUGUAAUGAUUGUGGGAAAGCCUUUAGGAAUAAGUCAUAUCUUAGUGUACAUCAGAAGACCCAUACUGAAGAGAAACCAUAUAAAUGCAUUGAGUGUGGGAAAUCUUUCAAGAAUACCACAAUCUUUAAUGUUCAUCAGAGAAUUCAUACUGGAGAGAAACCCUUUAGAUGUAAUGAGUGUGGGAAAGCCUAUAGAAGUAAUUCAAGCCUUAUUGUACAUAUAAGAACUCAUACUGGGGAAAAACCCUAUGAAUGUAAUGAAUGUGGGAAAGCAUUCAAUCGUAUAGCAAAUUUCACAGAACAUCAGAGGAUUCAUACAGGAGAAAAACCCUAUAAAUGUAAUGAAUGUGGGAAAGCAUUCAUUAAUUAUUCAUGCCUUACUGUACACCACAGAAUGCAUACAGGAGAGAAACCUUAUAAAUGUAAUGAAUGUGGAAAGGCCUUCAUGCGUUCUUCAUCUCUAAUUAUACAUCAGCGAAUUCAUACUGAGGAGAAACCUUAUCUCUGUAAUGAAUGUGGGGAAUCUUUCAGAAUAAAAUCACACUUAACUGUACAUCAGAGGAUUCAUACUGGAGAGAAACCAUAUAAAUGUACGGACUGUGAGAGGGCAUUUACCAAGAUGGUAAAUCUCAAGGAGCACCAGAAAAUUCAUACUGGUGUGAAACCCUACAACUGCUAUGAUUGUGGAAAAUCCUUCAGAACUAAGUCAUACCUUAUUGUACAUCAAAGGACCCAUACUGGAGAAAAACCAUAUAAGUGUAAUGAAUGUGAGAAAGCUUUCACUAAUACAUCACAGCUUACUGUGCAUCAAAGAAGGCAUACUGGAGAAAAACCCUAUAAAUGUAAUGAGUGUGGGAAGGUUUUCACAAGUAACUCAGGGUUUAAUACCCACCAAAGGACACAUACCGGGGAGAAACCAUUUAAAUGUAAUGACUGUGGCAAAGCAUUUAGCCAGAUGGUACAUGUCACAGAACAUCAGAAAAUCCAUAGUGGAGAGAAACCCUAUAAAUGUGAUGUCUGUGGAAAAGCCUUCAGGAGAGGUUCAUACCUUACAGUGCAUUGGAGAACACAUACUGGAGAAAAGCCCUAUACAUGUAAGGAAUGUGGGAAAGGUUGUAUUACUCUGUCACAGCUAACUCUACAUCAGAGAAUUCAUACUGGGGAGAGGCCCUAUAGAUGUGAAGAAUGUGGAAAAGCCUUCAGAACUAACUCAGACUUCACUGUACAUCUGAGGAUGCACACUGGAGAAAAACCCUAUAAAUGUAGUGAGUGUGGAAAAGCCUUUAGGAGUAGCUCAAGCCUUACUGUACAUCAAAGAAUACAUCAGAGAGAAGCUCAAUUAAUAUAGAGGACAGUAAAUUAUCAUCCAGAUAUGACAAGAAUCUUAUAAACUGUAUAUUUUAUGAAUGUGGGAAAAUGUUCAGGAGCAAUUUGCCAGAAAGUACACACUUCAUAAAUAUAAGAAUGUAGAAAAGCAAUUGGUCAUAUUAAAUCUUAGAAGUUAUAAGAAAAUUCAUAAUAAAAAGGGCAAAUGAAAGCCUUCAUCCAAAUUUCAUAUUUUAUUCAUUUAACUAAUUAUCGUCAAUGAAUUGCCUAUUUUUUUGCCGAUUUUCUUAUUGGUUUAUAUUUCUUAUAAAUCUGGAGGUGCUCUUAAUAUAUUUGAGAUAUCAUUUGACAUAUGUGUUGCAAAUGUUUUUCUUAACCUAGUAUUUGUUUUUGUACUUUUUUAUGUAGUAAAAGAUUUUUAAGUCUUUAAUUUUUCAUAGUAAAAUAUUUACAUCUUUUCUUUUUUAUAUUCUUUAUUUACUCUUUUAGUAAUCCCCAGGUUAUAUAUAGUCUCCUAAAUUUGUUUCUAAUAUUCUGAUAAUUUUAUUUUUUACAUUGAAGUUUUAAUCCAUCUGGACUAGAUGGCUCUUCAUAGAAGAACAACUCCAGAUGCAUUAACCUAUGAAAAUAUUAUGAACCUAAAUAAACAAUACUCAGGGAAACGCGAAUUGAAACAACCAAUGAUAUGUUACUUCCACUUCAUGGAGUUGGCAAAAAUUAAGAGAUCUUUUGCUAGUGGAGUUUGGCAAACCAUAUACUCUUACCAAAUGGUUAUAUCAACUUAUAUUUCCACCAGCAAUCCAGCGGUAUAUAUUUUUUUAAUUCUUAAGUAAAAUUUUAAAAGCACUUUGACCCAGCAGUCUCACUUUUGGGGAAUCUGCCCCGCAGAAAUAAUAGCAUCAGUGCAAAAGCAUAUGUAUAAAUAAGGAUGUUUAUUAAAGUAUUGUUUGUAGAGACAAAGAAGAAACCUAACUGGAGACAAAAUGAAUGCCAAUUAAUAGGGGAAUGGGUGAAUAAAUUGUGAUAUAGCCAUACCAUGGAAAAGUAUGAGAGUAAUUUU